GGUAUGAACGGAGCACAGCAGUUUAUUUGUUAUUCUUUUGCCUUUUGCAGUGUGCUAUUGGUUUCUAAAGAGACAGGCAUACCCAAAUCUUUGCUCAUGCCAUGGUUUGCUCAGCAAGCACCUAGAAGUGUAAUCCCAUGGAUCAAGAGAGAAUAUGGACCGUGGACUGCUUUUCUUGCGAUUUUCGUGCGCUUGUUCUUACCCACUCCAGGCGAGCUGGAGCUUCCACUGUCAACAAUGCUGCUUAUCAGCAUUGCUCCUUACCAGCUGAUGAAUCUGAGGGGAACCCAAGCUGGCACGAUAUUGUCUUUGGCACUAGCCGUGUAUCUCGCCUUUCAGUACUUCACCAGGACCGGAGGGUUGGGUAGAGCCUUCCGCCCGGGAUCGAUAGUCGCGACCCUGGCCAUCAUCUGCAUCACAGUUAUCAACGUCAUGCUGCUGUUGUGAGUUGCCAAGAGUUAACCCCUUGUUAUAAGCCUCGCUGUCGAGGGGAAGAGGAGGAGCUACUCCAGAGUGCAAUCUACUGAUAUAUAUAUAUAUAUAUAUCUUCGUGUACGAACUUUGGUAUCAACAGAUCUCAGCAGAUUGUUCGUGCGCGAUGGAGUCAUGCAGAUAGGGAUGGGGCUUCAAUUUUGGAUUUUCCUUGGUUCAUAGCAAUUUCACAGCCAUCUGUUGUAUUUUGACGGCAGCUUUUUUUGUCGACUCGGGUACAAUCAAACUUGAAGGACGAACAAAUCUUCGGAAUCGAGGAUGCCCCUUGGUAUAAGAAUGUACUCCCUAUUUGGCAUACAAUUUUCUCCCAAGCCAAAAUUUUCAAAGAUUUGACCAAAUUUAUGGAAGAGUAUAUAAAGAAUGUGGUACAUAAUA